AUGAGUUCUGUCAAAUCUACAACUAGCUCAGAGGUUAAAUCAAGAUCCCAACCAGUAUGGAUAUAUUUUUACAAUUUGGUUUCCUCCAUCUCGUGGGCUGGCGUUUUUUUUUUCAAUGUUUUUCCAGGAAUUUUGAUUAAUCAGCAACCUGAUUUAUUUAAAAAUACUUACAAGUACUUAAUUGGAGUCCAAUCUUUAGCUAUUGUUGAAAUAUACAAUUCUGCUGUGGGCAACGUUAGAGCUCCUCUUUUUACCACUAUUGCUCAAGUCUUUUCAAGAUUGUUGAUUGUAGUUGGGAUUUUCACUGUCCUACCCAAUUCUCCACCAAAUUACAAAUGGUAUUAUGUCACUUUAUCCACUGCUUGGUCGAUCACUGAAAUUGUGAGAUAUAGCUAUUAUGCAAUUAACAUCAAAUCAAAUGGUAGUCCUCCCACUUUUUUAACUUUUCUACGCUACAAUUUGUUUUUGGUAUUGUAUCCAAUGGGUAUUUCAAGCGAAUGUUUAAUUAUUUAUAAUAGUUUGACCGAUGCUACUUCCAAUAUUCAUCUAUUAUACGCUUGGUUUUUAAAAAUUUGUUUAGCAACUUAUAUUCCUGGCUCGUACAUUUUAUAUACCUAUAUGCUUAAACAAAGAAAAAAAGUUAUGAAAAAAAUUGCUGUUGAAUAUUCAAAAAAGAAAUUUUAA